CCCGUGGGGCCUCCCCCUGCUCCCUGGCUGGCUGUGCCCCAAGAUAGGCGGGGUGCAUGGUAGAGGUGAAAUGAAUCUAUUAUAUAAUCAACCAAAGUUCACCCUUCUCUUUCAAGUAGUAUAAAGGCAAACCAUUCCAGCUAUCACCAUCACUGCCACCAUGCUGGCCUCAGGGCUGCUCCUGGUGACCUUGCUGGCCUGCCUGAUGGUGAUGGUCUUGAUGUCUGUCUGGCGGCAGAGGAAGAUCUGGGGAAAGCUACCUCCCGGACCCACCCCACUGCCCUUCAUUGGGAACUACCUGCAGCUGAACACAGAGCAGAUGUACAACUCCCUCAUGAAGAUCAGUGAGCGCUAUGGCUCUGUGUUCACCAUUCACCUGGGGCCCCGGCGGGUCGUGGUGCUGUGUGGAUAUGACGCAGUCAAGGAGGCUCUGGUGGACCAGGCUGAGGAGUUCGGCGGGCGAGGAGAGCAGGCCACCUUCAACUGGCUCUUCAAAGGCUAUGGCGUGGCGUUCAGCAAUGGGGACCGCGCCAAGCAGCUGCGGCGCUUCUCCAUCACGACGCUGCGGUACUUCGGCGUGGGCAAGCGCGGCAUCGAGGAGCGCAUCCAGGAGGAGGCGGGUUUCCUCAUCGAGGCCUUCCGGGGCACGCGCGGCGCCAUCAUCGAUCCCACCUUUUUCCUGAGCCGAACUGUCUCCAAUGUCAUCAGUUCCCUUGUCUUUGGGGACCGCUUUGACUAUGAGAACAAAGAGUUCCUGUCACUACUGCGAAUGAUGCUGGGAAGCUUCCAGUUCACAGCUACGUCCACGGGGCAGCUCUAUGAGAUGUUCUAUUCAGUGAUGAAACACAUGCCAGGACCACAGCAACAGGCCUUUAAGGAGCUGCAAGGGCUGGAGGACUUCAUAGCCAAGAAGGUGGAGCACAACCAGCGCACCCUGGACCCGAAUUCCCCACGGGACUUCAUCGACUCCUUUCUCAUCCACAUGCAGGAGGAGCAGAAGAACCCCAACACGGAGUUCUCCAUGAAGAACCUGGUGCUGACCACGCUAAACCUGUUCUUUGCGGGCACUGAGACUGUUAGCACGACCCUGCGCUACGGCUUCCUGCUGCUCAUGAAGCACCCAGAUGUGGAGGCCAAGGUCCACGAGGAGAUUGACCGAGUGAUUGGCAAGAACCGCCAGCCCAAGUUCGAGGACCGUGCCAAAAUGCCUUACAUGGAGGCAGUGAUUCACGAAAUCCAAAGAUUCGGAAACAUGAUCCCCAUGGGUCUGGCCCGCAGAGUCACCAAGGACACCAAGUUUCGGGGCUUCCUCCUCCCUAAGGGCACCGAAGUGUUCCCUAUGCUGGGUUCUGUGUUGAGAGACCCCAAGUUCUUCUCCAAACCCCAAGAUUUCAACCCCCAGCACUUCCUGGAUGAAAAGGGGCAGUUUAAGAAGAGUGAUGGUUUUGUGCCCUUCUCCGUGGGCAAGCGGUACUGUUUCGGAGAAGGCCUGGCUAGGAUGGAGCUGUUUCUCUUCCUCACCACCAUCAUGCAGAACUUCUGCUUCAAGUCUCCGCAGUCGCCUCAAGACAUUGACGUGUCCCCCAAACACGUGGGCUUUGCCACGAUCCCACGAAACUACACCAUGAGCUUCCUGCCCCGCUGAGAGAGGGCCGUGCCAGGGCAGGGCUAAUGGGGGGGGAAGGGCGGUGCCAGGGCGGGGCUUGUGGGAAGGGCAGGCUAAGGGAAGGGGACUGACUGGGGAAGGGAAAGGAAGGGGUGAGGCGGUUAGAAGGAGAAACGGAAGGGGUUGAGUUCACCUUGAUAGAUCCUUCGGAGCUGGAAUGAGAGGAAGGAAAAUCUUACACUAUGCUACGAAGAGUAGUAAUCGUAACAGCUAGUAUU